GGGAGAGCUGGCAGAAGACCCUUCUGAUCCAUUCUGUAACCCAAGACGGUCUGAAGAAACUCAUCCAGCCCAAACUGUCCAGGGUGGACUACCUGACGCAGAAGAUGUCCUCAGCGAGUGAAGCAGACAAGCAGCAGAUCAGAGAGCUGAUAGACCGCCUGGAGACAGAGAUAGACCUGCUCAGGCAGAAGAAGAAGGAGGAGCUUAUCGGAGAUCGAUUUGAAGAACACGACUGGCAGAAGAUCUCCAACAUUGACUUCGAAGGGACAAAGGACGCUGAGGACAUCCGUCUUUUCUGGAGGAACUUCCUGCAUCCGUCCAUCAACAAGGAGGCGUGGAGCAAAGAGGAGGUGCAGAAGCUGAAGGAGGUCAGCUGGAGACACGGGGAGAGACACUGGGACAGGAUCGCAGAGGAGCUGGGGUCUGGGAGGACGGCCUUCAUGUGUCUUCAGACAUUCCAGCGUUUCGUCUCAGAGUCUCUGAAGCGCAGAGGCUGGACGCCAGAGGAGGACUUUCAGCUCCGAGAACUCGUGGACAAGAUGAGGAUCGGAAACUUCAUCCCCUACACACAGACUCCUGCUGCAGGCCGUGUCUCGUCACGGGGAGAAGAGUUGGUGGAAGAUCCGGUUGGAAGUACCUGGACGCACCGACAGCAGCUGCAGAGAUAGGUUUGUCGACUGUCUGAGGAAAGGCGUGAAGCGAGGACCUUUUGACUGGAAGGAGAUCGAGCUGCUGAAGGAGUUGGUGGAGAAACAUGGAGUCGGCCACUGGGCAAAGAUCGCUGCAGAGAUCCCUCACCGUUUGGACUGUCAGUGCAUGAGAACGUGGAGGAAACUGAGCCAGCCUCGUCAGAUAAAACGGGAAAGGAAAGCAGCACCAUCAGUCAGAGGAAGAGGAGGAAAAAAGAAGGAGAUGAAGGAGAAAGCUUCAGCCAGGAGGACACUCAGGAGACGAAUAGUGAAAAUCAAAAAGGAGGAGGAGGAGGAGGAGGUGAUGACUGAGGAGGACGAAGAGCAGGAGGACGAGGUGCCGUACAUGGACAGUGAUGAAGACACGAAGAGGAGGAGGAGGAAGGGGGUGGAGGCUGAGGAGGAAGAGGAGGAGUACGUGAUCCCCCCGAUGAAGGACUGGAUCCCGGCGAAGGACGCUCAGACCUGCUCCGACCUGAGGUUCCGCCUGGCGGUGCUGCCGUCGUCGGCCGGGGCUCAGGGAGUCAAACAGGUGCGCUCCACCGUGGUGGGGCGGUCCGGACGCUCCGUUGUCCUCGGACCCCCUCCCAUGGUGCUGCGGUGGGAGGAGCGCCACAACUGCGCCGCCAUGAUGAUGGUGACCCUCGACCAGCUGCGAGCCCACCUGAGCGCCCAGGAGCAGAAGUUCAACAGGGCCCACCCCCGACGGACAGGAGGACCACUGACCCGGGUCACGGACAGGGGGCUGUACUGCGACCUGCAGGCCGCCGUCACGCCGUGGGUCGGGAACCUGCUGUUCGCCGAGAGCCGGCGGUGGACGGUGGCGGACCUCCUGAGGGAGCGGGCGGAGGCCAGUGGCGUCUCCUCCUCCUCCAUCUUCACGCUGCUCCUCCAGGUCAUGAACGUGGACACCCCCGGCUGCAAGGACAUGAUCGAGAAGAAGAAGAGCAAGGCGGGGCUGCAGGCUCCGCCCCCUGCCGCCUCGCCGAGCAGAAGGAAAGAUCAGAGGAGUGCUCAGCAGAGGAGUACGAUGAAGCAGGAGGAGGAGGACGAGCGGCGCAGACUGAUGCUGCAGCAGCUGCAGGAGGCGAAGCAGGAGGAGCUCAGGCAGCGUUCACUGAGCAAGCCCCCCCUCCUCCAUCAGGUACUUCCUGUCAGGAGUCUUCAGACAAGUCCUUCCUGUCUCCUUCCUCCUCCGGACACUUUCGUUCAGUUUACACCUCCUGCCUCUGUGGUCCCCACUCCCAAACUCACCCCCUUAGCCCCGCCCUCCUCUGCUUCUAUUGGCUCCUCUGUGACCAAUAACAAUGUUGUUCUGCCCACAUCCAUUACUCCCAGCUCCGCCCUCAGGGAGGAGUUCUGUGCGGGGAAAGGUCCGGGUUCUUCAGGAGCAGGUCAAACCCAGGAAACAAACACUCCUCCUGACUCCUCCCACCAAUCCACAGCCCCUCCCCCUCCUCCUGACUCCUCCUCUUUUUCCUCUGAAAGACUCACUUCAGCUCCACCCACCUCCUCAACAACCAGCGAUUCUCCACUGGCCCUUACUGACCACAACUACGUCGAUCCCAAUGCUAGCCCUGCCCCCAAAAAACCUGACCCCACCCCCAAAGAUUUUUUUAAAUGUUUAUAUACAGGUAGAAAAAGGAAGCAGGAGAAGGAGGAGCAACAGGAUGUGGGCGGGGCCUGUGCAGUUGUUGCUCAGGAGGGAAAGCGGCUUCGAAAGGCAAGUCUGAAGGCCAGAGAAGCCAUUGAGGCUCAGGCUAAAGCUAUGAAUGAAAAAAGCCCCGCCUCCUCUCCUCGGAGGAAACCGGCCCGCAGUUCCGGCCCGAAGCAGGACGUCAUCGAUCAGACUCCGCCCCUGACUCAGGCUGCCACGCCAUGUUUACCUGUAAUUCAGAACAUGUGGGUGAUGACCCCUUCUGGACUGGUUCCAGUGGUCGUGCCCCAAAAUUCUCAGCUGGCGUUCUUACCAAGCGCUCCCCGCCCUGCUCCUUUGGCUCCGCCCCCUCCCACAGCUGAAAAGCUUCAGUUUGUUGGGCUGAAACCAGUCACUUUUUCUGUAAAUUCUCUAAAUCCUGCCUCAUCAACCUGUCAACCAAAGCCCCUCCCCCUUGCCUGUGUGCUGCCACAUGGCCCCUCCCCCCAGCCUCCCGGUAAAGUGGCAUUACCUUAUAAGGUUGUUCUCAAAGUGGACUCCUCAAAGGCUCCGCCUCUCAGGAGGGAGGAGCUGCACUUUAAUCCUGCGUUAAUGUUCCGGGAGCCCCCAGAGGAGGUGCGUGAUUGGCUGAGUGGGCGAGGAGGCGUAGCCGUACCUGGAGCGAGGUCGGCCCUCCCCUACCUGCCGCCGUUCGUCGGCUCACUGAGCGCGCUCAGAGCGCUGCUGCGAGCCAAACAGACGCUGACGCAGUCGUCUCUGCAGCUGCUGAGCGGCGCCGGUGAACCCCGGUCCUCCCAGACCAAACCCCCCGGCUCAGCUCCCCAUCCUCCAGACCCCAGACCAGCUGAAGACCACACAGGUAGCCCAACUGAUCCCCCUGCCAGCUCCAAGCAGGAGGAGGAAGAGGAGGAGCAGGUGAAGGAGGUACGUCGGCUCGUGGCCGAGCGUUUCUCCUCUAACCCCGCCUACCAGCUGCUAAAGGCGCGCUUCCUGUCCUGCUUCACUGUCCCCGCCCUCCUGGCCGCCGUGCCGCCAAUCACAAAGAAGUUGGCUUGUCGGCAAGAUGAGGAGGAAGAGGAGGAGCAAGAAGAGGAAGAGCAGCUGAAGGAAAUCAAACCGAGAGGAAGACGAAAGAGAGCGGAGAGAUUCCCGCUGCAAUUUGAUGACUCAGCAGUUCUGGCCAGUCACUUCUCAGGCAUCCUGACCGGGAGGUCCACCACAGACCCACAACAGGUUCCCCAGAACCAGAACCAGAACCAGGACAUGCAAACUGAACCGGAUCAGAACCAGCCUGUGUAGACUGCAGCAGAUCCUCAGACCGGGUCAGAACAGGAACUAAAACUGUUCCUGCGGUGCAUUCGAGGACACUGCAGAGCUCUGUGGUGCGUUCAGGAACCUGUUGGAAAAUGAAGACGUUUUGAAACAUGUUUGUUGUUGCUGCUGAGAAACAUUUGUUUCUUUGAUUUUCUAAUAAAAACUCUGAUUU